AUGUAUCUAUCAGCCAAGGCUGUGGCCAUUGUCUUGGUCACGCUGCAAUUCGGAGCAGUUCAUGGCCAGCAGCAUAAGCCUAUGAUUCUCGCAGAUACCAACCGUGACGGUAUCGUGGAUGACAGCGAUGCCACGGACAGAACAUUCUGGCCCCCUUCUCGCGGCGCCAUCUUCCUACCAAACGUCGGCGACUCUCUCAAACGCUGUCCUAAUCAGGAUCUCCAGGGCAACCCUCUCAGUAAUCACGAGCUAGCAUCUUGUCACGAUGCUUCUGGCCACCCACUCCUUGAGCCAAGCCUGGUUGCUCCCCUGAAAUCGAUCCCAUUGGAAGUUUCAGACGACACUAUUGCCCACAUCUCCGCCACGCCUGACGCCGCAUCUGAAAGGGUUCGUCUCUUUUACGUGAAUGAUUCGUCCGCCAACCCCGCCGAGACUGCCUCUUGGAGCUUUGUGGAUCCUGAAUUUACCUUCAAUGCAAGCCAUGUCCAAGCCGGUAUCACUCUCGGGAUUGACGGGCGUGAGUUUGUGAAGGAUUUUGCAAAAUGGGACGGCAAAGUAAGGGUGCAUUUGGAUGUCCACGCCAAUGGCACUGUCAUAUUCGACGUCGUUGAGCUCAAGGUGGCUCCAGUUCUGACCCAUCACCAUCUCCAACGUGUCAGCGCCUUUGUCAGUACUGCGGCAAACGAGUCUGAACCUGUACAGCUCGGUUUUCUCAGCCGACUUGAUGAAGCGCGGAAGGCGGCAGGGAUAAAGGAGCCAUUAUAUCUGUUCAAUCAGAGUGACGAUAUUUGGGCCCAGGAUUUUGUUGAACCAGCAUAUGCUAGCAUGCCUAGACCUAACGGCCAACCGAUCUCGCUCAGAAUUAUGUUGAGGUCGGCACAGUCAGUUCGUACUGCUGGAAGACACGUCUUUGAGCAGCUCCGCGGGAAAGGCGUUGGUGGUUCCCAGCCUGAGGGGGGACGCGGCGGCUAUGGCGCCCGAGAAAUCAACGCAUACGGCAACCUCGAAACGAUCCCACCUUACACGUCCAAGAGUAGAGUCAAAUAUCCUGCCGGCCGGAUUAUUUAUGGCAAGUAUUAUGACAAGAUGCCAGCGGAAGCCACGAUUGCCUGCUUGGAAGGCCAAGAGCUUCAGAACCCUCUUUCCUUGAGUCUGGAUGGCUACUCAUCGGUCACGUUGAUGACAGCGGCGCAGGGUGGUGUGCGGGCGAUUUCUUUCAAUGGGUCUGUUGAAGGCUCCUUUUCUAUCACGAAAGAGGAGCUGGCCAUGACAGUCGAUGAGCUUCUUGCAAACGAGACAUUUCCCGAGGUCAACGCUUAUGCGCAGAGACAUAUUGAUGGUAAUCUGGGAAUCCUGCUCGCUGAGAUACCUAUCCUUCGGGAUCAUGUGAUUCGCAUCCCCUCGCUUUUCAAGGCUCCCAAGGUGUCUUCGCUCUCCUCGUUAACUGAAACCGUAAUGGAGGGCGAGUAUUUGUUAGUGAGCUUCAGCCCGGCGGCUAUCAAUGGCGUCGUGUUGGGCAACUACUACGUGAGUCCCAAGACUUGGGGCCCCGUGGUUGAGGGACGAGACAUUUUGGAGUUUGCCAUCCGGGAGGUAUAUGCAAAGGCUGGCAUGGAGGUCGGGUUUGUGGACGAUUUCAUGUCGCAUCACCACACCUUUGGCGAGGUGCAUUGUGGAAGCAACACUUUCAGGGAGACGGACGCAGCGUGGUGGGAGUAG